AUGGUUGCGAAGAUUCUUUGUGUUGCAGAGAAACCUUCUAUUGCAAAAGCUGUAGCUAAUCAUUUAGCAGGAGGUAAUGCUCAAGCUUCAAAUACUCGCAACAAAUAUAUCAAGAACUACUCGUUCACCUUCGAUUUUGGUGGGCAAUGGGGUAACUGUAAUACGGUGAUGACCUCUGUAUUGGGGCAUCUUACCUCUCUUGAUAUUGCCCCCUCCCACAAGAAAUGGGAUCAUCCUCCACCCGAAGAACUCUUUUUUAAAGCACAGGUCAUCGAAUCUGUUGUUGAUGAUAAGAAAACUAUUGCACAAAAUAUCGAGUCUCAAGCAAGAGGUGCCAAGGCUCUUUUCAUAUGGACCGAUUGUGACCGUGAAGGAGAGCACAUUGGCGGCGAAGUGAGAGCCCAAGCACUAAAAGGUAAUCCACGAAUUGAAGUCAAAAGAGCAAGGUUCAGUAAUAUUGAGCGGGCGCAUGUGAUUCAAGCAGCCAAGCAUCCAGUCAACCUAGAUCAACGUCAAGUAGAUGCGGUGGCUGCUCGUAUAGAACUCGAUCUAAGAAUUGGUUAUGCGUUCACGCGGUUUCAGACGACCAAUCUUCAAAAGUUAGGAGGACCAUUGGAGAAUGCUAUGAUGAGCUAUGGCUCUUGUCAGUUUCCCACGCUUGGUUUCGUCGUUGAUCGGUAUUUUAAGGUGAAGAACUUCGUGCCUGAACCGUUCUGGAGCAUCAAAAUAACGCAUGGUCGGGAAGGUAUGAAUGUAAUCUUCAAUUGGAAGCGCAAUCGUCUGUUUGACCGAGCAGUUGUCAUCAUAUUGUUUGAGCGCUGCCUUGUUGCAAAGAUUGCCAAAGUCAUCAAGGUGCAGGAGAAGCCAACAAAAAAGUGGAAGCCGCUUCCUCUAACCACCGUUGAGUUGCAAAAAGCGGCUAGUCGCUGGUUACACAUGAACAGUCAGAUGGCUAUGACUGCGGCUGAGAGCCUUUACAACAAAGGAUUUAUCAGCUAUCCCAGAACGGAGACUGAUCGCUUUGAUAAAGGGAUGAAUUUGAGAGGUUUGGUGGAGAAGCAAGUCCAAGACAAUCGUUGGGGACCAUUUGCUCAAAAUCUCGUGAAUGGAGGCUUUCACUGGCCUAGGGAGGGCCAACACGAUGAUAAAGCACAUCCACCUAUACACCCCGUAACACACGUUGCAUCGACUGCUUUGACACCGGAAGAAGCUCGAAUUUAUGAAUUCGUUGUUCGAAGAUUCCUAGCCUGUUGUUCAGAAGAUGCGAAAGGGCAAGCGACCGACGUGGAGCUUGACUACGGAGACGAAUUAUUUCACACGCAUGGAUUAGUAGUACUAGAGAAGAAUUACUUGGAUGUCUAUGUUUACGAGAGAUGGAAUAGUAGUACGCCAUUGCCAAAAUUCACACUCGGAGAGAGAUUCGAACCAGACGAGGCUAUGAUUACAGACGGGAAGACAACGGCCCCAGGGUAUCUAACGGAGCCUGAUCUCAUUGCUUUGAUGGAUGCAAACGGAAUUGGCACCGAUGCAACUAUGGCCGAACAUAUUGCUAAAAUCAAAGAGCGUGAAUACGUAUUUACCAGGCCCAAGGUAGGUGGAGCCGCCGCUGGCAACAAUGAUGACAACACGCCCGCUGCAGGGCGAGGAGGUCGAGGAGGACGUGGCGGACGCGGUGGGAGGGGUGGUAGGGGAGGUGCUGCUGCGGAUGCGGGAGGUAGAGGUGGUGUUGAAGAGUUUAUUCCGACCACACUCGGAGUUGCCCUAGUGGAAGGCUAUGAUAAUAUGGAGUUCGAAGUCAGUCUCAGCAAACCGUUUUUGCGAAAACAGAUGGAGCUUAGAAUGAAAGCCAUAUGUGAGGGGCAGCAGACACGUGCCGCUGUUGUGGGAGAUAGUCUAGCACAAUAUCGCCGAGUGUUCCUUGACUCCAAAGAGAGGUUAGAUGUCUUGAAAGCAGUAAGUGACAUCAUUGACUUCGUUGCCAUGGUCCUACAAUCGUCACGAUCUCUAAUGUAUUAUUUUGAUAUUUAG